AUGUGUGGGCGUUUCGCGUGUUCACUAUGUCCGGAAAGACUCCGAGCAAGACUGAAAGAAAGUGAUAUGAGCUCUAUCAAGGAGACAUGGAUGGACGAGGAUAAAUUCUAUCCUAGUUAUAACGUCGCACCCCGAAGAUGGGUGCCUGUGGUUCGUCAAGAUGAACAAGGUGAAUGCAUUCUACAGACUAUGAAAUGGGGCUUUAUUCCGUGUUGGGCCAAGCAGAUACCAGAUAACCAGCCGAUCAAUGCACGAGACGAUCGACUGAUGGAAGGUCAGUCCAUGUUUGAUGCGGCCAAAAACAAACGACGCUGUAUGGUGGUGGCAGAAGGAUUUUAUGAAUGGCGAGUGUUAUCGGGCGGCAAAAAGAUUCCGUACUACACGAAACGCAAAGACGGGAAAUUGAUGUUAUUCGCAGGAUUGUACGAUGUAUCUCAUCUGAAUGACGAGAAAUUGUACACAUGCACCAUUGUUACCACCAGCCCUUCGGCGGAAUUUUCAUUUCUGCAUGAUCGUAUGCCUGUUAUUUUGGAAAAUGGAUCAGAAGAUAUCGAAACGUGGCUUGAUCAUUCUGAACCAUGGGGAAAGAAGCAAGUGAGCAUUAUGCGGCCGUAUUCGGGCGAGUUGAUCAUCUAUCAAGUAACAGACAAAGUGGGUCCGGUCAAAAACAAUUCCGCCGAGUUUGUGGUACCUGUGGACGAAUUAAAAGGAUCAAUCUCCAACUUUUUGCAGAAAAAGAAA